AACUUAAAGGUGUUUACCUUGUCAUCAGCAUGUAAGCUAAUUAUCUCGGGCAAGAUGUAGGCUUCUAUUGUCUUGUUGCUUUAGCGCUUACGCCCCGCCUCUGGUGGCUGCCUAAAACCUGGCGCCGGGCUAAAACAAACGCGAGGCAGCCCCCGAGCCUCCACUCAAGCCAAUUAAGGCGGACUCGGUCCACUCGGUUACGUGUACAUCCAACAAGAUCGGCGUUAAGCCGCCGCCGAAUCAUGUCGAUGAGUCCAAAGCACACGACUCCGUUCUCAGUGUCUGACAUCUUGAGUCCCCUGGAGGAAAGCUACAAGAAAGUGGGCAUGGAGGGCGGCGGCCUUGGGGCUCCGCUGGCGGCUUACAGGCAGGGCCAGGCGGCUCCGCCGGCCGCGGCCAUGCAGCAGCACGCCGUGGGGCACCACGGCGCCGUCACCGCCGCCUACCACAUGACGGCGGCGGGGGUGCCCCAGCUCUCGCACUCCGCCGUGGGGGGCUACUGCAACGGCAACCUGGGCAACAUGAGCGAGCUGCCGCCGUACCAGGACACCAUGCGGAACAGCGCCUCGGGCCCCGGAUGGUACGGCGCCAACCCAGACCCGCGCUUCCCCGCCAUCUCCCGCUUCAUGGGCCCGGCGAGCGGCAUGAACAUGAGCGGCAUGGGCGGCCUGGGCUCGCUGGGGGACGUGAGCAAGAACAUGGCCCCGCUGCCGAGCGCGCCACGCCGGAAGCGCCGGGUGCUCUUCUCCCAGGCUCAGGUGUACGAGCUGGAGCGACGCUUCAAGCAGCAGAAGUACCUGUCGGCGCCCGAGCGCGAGCACCUGGCCAGCAUGAUCCACCUGACGCCCACGCAGGUCAAGAUCUGGUUCCAGAACCACCGCUACAAGAUGAAGCGCCAAGCCAAGGACAAGGCGGCGCAGCAGCAACUGCAGCAGGACAGCGGCGGCGGCGGCGGCGGGGGCGCCGGGUGCCCGCAGCAGCAGCAAGCGCAGCAGCAGUCGCCGCGCCGCGUGGCCGUGCCGGUCCUGGUGAAAGACGGCAAACCCUGCCAGGCAGGCGCCCCGGCGCCGGGUGCCGGCAGCCUUCAAGGCCACGCGCAACAGCAGGCGCAGCAGCAGGCGCAGGCUGCUCAGGCGGCCGCGGCGGCUAUCUCGGUGGGCAGCGGUGGCCCCGGCCUGGGGGCACACCCGGGCCACCAGCCGGGCAGCGCGGGCCAGUCUCCGGACCUGGCGCACCACGCCGCCAGCCCCGCGGCGCUUCAGGGCCAGGUCUCCAGCCUGUCCCACCUGAACUCCUCGGGCUCGGACUAUGGCACCAUGUCCUGCUCCACCUUGCUAUAUGGUCGGACCUGGUGAGAGGACACCGGGCCGGGCCGGGCCCAGCGCGCUGCCUCAUCGCUUUCCCUCCUGCCGGCCACACAUCACCAACCACCCGCCGCUCCCUGCGCUUCGACUUUUCUUAAGAAUCUGUCCCGUUUAGACCAAGGGGAAAACACACAAAAGCCAAACUGCUGGACGUCUUUUUUUUUUUUUCUAAAAUUUGUGGGAAUUUUUUUAAAAAAGAAAAUAAAAACAACCAAGUGAAUCCAAUUCUUUAAGGAGUCUUUAAACAGAGAAGGACAUAACAAAAAACAGCUUUUGGGGUGUCUUUUAGGUGAUUGAAAUGUGUUUCCCUCACUCAGGCAGGGUGCAGUUUGGAGAGGGCUCCACAAUGACAUGGCUCUGGACUCGAAAGACCGCACACUUCACUCUGGGUACACUGUGCCAGCAAGGUGGACUCACUUGUAAAUACCAGGAUUUCUUUUGAAGGGGAGAUGGGGGCUGGGGAGAGGAAAGACUCUACGACAGGACCCACAUGUCAUUGACACAAAGGAAAUGCCCCCUCCCAGCGCCCGCUGGCCGCCCAGGCUCAGCCCCGGGAAGAGCCCAGGCUAAAAUUGUUUUAUGUUUGAUGUGAACUUGUAGCUGUAAAACGCUGUCAAAAGUUGGACAACACGCCUAGUUUUUAGUAAUCUGUACAUUUUGUUGUAAAAAAAAAAAAAAAGCCCAGUCCCUGCUCCCAGCCCAUCAUAUUUUUUAUGGGCAUUGACAAAUCUGUGUAUAUUAUUUGGCAGUUUGGUAUUUGCAGCGUCAGUCUUUUUCUGUUGUAACUUAUGUAGAUAUCUGGCUUAAAUAU